AUGUCAGGGCAUAUCGCAAGGUUUUGUAACCGAAAACCAACAUCAACCGCGACGCCAAAACGUAUUCUCAAAUGCAAGGUUACUUCAAAACCGAAAUGGCUACACGUCAUAACGAAUGAGAGUCAACAAGGGAAAGUGCCAAGGGUCAUACAGGCGGACAAGUUUUAUGAAAGGGCGUACGUUGAUGUGAUGCUGAACGACACACUAAAUCGGAAGGCUCUGAUUGAUAGCGGAGCGGAGGUUUGUUGCAUUAGUGAAGAUUUGUCUGAAAGUUUGAACCUGCCAUUGGGAGGUAAGUUAAUGGUAAGAGGUUUGGAACCGGAGGGUAAGGAGGUAGAUGGUAUAUCGAUAAAUCUGAAACCGAUACCAAGUGACGAAAGGUGUAGGGUUAUGGCUCCUGCGGUGAAGGUGUGGUGUGCAGUGAUACCAAGUUUGGUAGAAGGUUUAUUGAUAACUCCAGGGGUGGUAGAGUUAUUAAACGAAGUCAAGCACUACGAGGUUCCCAGUCCUGUGAACGAUGAUGAUGAGCAGAGGGUGGGGGAGGCAAUGUCUGACUGUGAUGUGGAAGAGUGGUCUAAUCAGGAUGGGGAUGAGAUAACUGAUGAGGUUGGUAGAGGAGAAGGGUUGACAGGUACCGACAAUGGGAUAGAUGAAGAAGGUCAUGACGAGGCGAUAAAUGUUGACGCGAAUGAGGUAAUGGUAAGGAAAGAUGACGAUGCAUCAGAUGAGGUAGAGGUGCCAGAUGAUCCGAGUCGUCGUAGUCGAUGUGACACUGUUGAGGAGUCGGGGGAUAUAGAGGGAUCAGCGGAGGUUGCGGGAGAGGUCUUUAAUGAUGGGAUAAACGGUGUGGCUGACAAAUUAACGAUGAUUAAAGAACAAACGAAUUGA